CCGCCUUGUGCUUUUUGUUCGGUACGGCAAGUCAUACUCCCGUGCUCUAUAAAAGUUCUCUGAUUUUUCCAAGUAUUUGCCUAUUGUGUGCUCCUAAACCUUAAAAUCCCUAGGGUUUUGCCUUUCUUCCUUAAAAUCUUGCAACAAUGUCUGACUAUUUGCCUCCUAACUUGCUACUCGAAAUCCUUUGUAGACUUCCUGUCAUAAGCCUUUUACGAUUCAGGAGUGUAUCGAAGCAAUGGUGUUCUCUAAUAUCAUCUCCCCACUUCAUCUCUACGCACUUAUCUUCACCUUCUUCUGGUUCCAACCAUCUCCUCCUCCGUCACCUCAGUUUUAGUAUCCGACCCAAAAAGAAUCAAGAAAACUACUCUGUUUACCUCAAUGCUUCAAAAAACGAAAAUCUUGCUCUUGUUAAAGAGCUGAACUUUCCCUUCAAGACUAGGUCAGGGAAUCAUUUUAGAGUUGUGGGGUUUUGUAAUGGGCUGUUUUGCUUAUCUGAUGAUCUUUUUGGGUAUACUUAUACUAUUGUUUUAUGGAAUGCUGGUAUUAGGAGAAGUGUGACUCUCCCUAAGCCUCGGGUUCAUUUUGGUCCGUAUGGGCCUUACAUGUUUUGUCUUGGAUUUGGAUUUGAUGAGAGGAACAGUGAUUUUAAGGUGGUGAGGAUUGCGUAUUUGCAGAAUGAGUAUGGUGCGUAUACAGUACUGCCUCCGGAAGUUGAGUUGUAUAGUUCAAGUACUGGUUUGUGGAAAGAUGUUGACCCGAAGGGUAUUCGUUGUAAGAUUAUUGAGUAUUUGUAUAGUAGUGUUUAUGUAAAUGGGGUUAUUCAUUGGGUUUCGUGUGUUAAGAAUGAAGGUGGGGGGUUUUUGAAUGGGUUGUUGGGUUUUGAUCUUGGUGAUGAGAAGUUUAGGGAAAUGUGUUUGCCGCAGUCGUUGGUUCGUGUUUCGCCUAUGGAUUUGUCGGUAAGGUUGUGUGGGGAUCGAAUUUCUGUGAUUUGGUAUGAGAAGGGUCGUGAUGUUGGUGAGGCGUGUGAUCGUUGUGGUGUUUGGGUUAUGGAUAGGUAUGGUGAAGUGGAGUCGUGGAAUAAGAAGUUUGUAGUGGUUUUGGAGGGAGGGAUAUCACAUGCUGUUGGGUUUGGGAGGAAUGGGGAAUUUAUGGUAGAGAAGUUUGUUGGGGAUCUUUUAUCAUAUGAUUCCGAGAGCAAGGAGUUUAAGGAUCUUGGUAUCCAUGGUGGGAAAGAUUCGUUCUUCGUGAGUGAAUAUUCUGAGAGUCUAGUGUUGCUUGAUGGAAGCAGUGGGGAUACAACUGAUCCUCCCAUUGCAUCUGAUUCCGAAGGGGCUAGUUCCGGACUCAAUGAGAGGGCGUUGUUGCAGAAGUGGUUUUGUAGUGCCCUAUUUGCAAAAGUUAGUCUUUGUGAUUAGCCUUAUGUUUAUCAUGUUAGUUUGCUAGUAAUGAGUAGUUACGUUGUAAUCAGUUCUACUAUGCACUUCUUUUGCAAUUGUGAAGUUUAUCCUUAUUUUUGUUCCA